AUGAGCAGGGAGAGACAGGAGGAGCAGGGGGAGAGACAGGAGAGAGCAGGGGAGAGACAGAGAGGAGGAGCAGGGAGAGACAGGAGAGCAGGGGAGAGACAGGAGGAGCAGGGAGAGACAGGAGGAGGAGCAGGGGAGAGACAGGAGGAUGAGGGGAGAGACAGGAGGAGCAGGGGAGAGACAGGAGGAGGAGCAGGGAGAGACAGGAGGAUGAGCAGGGGAGAGACAGGAGGAGGAGCAGGGGAGAGACAGGAGGAGCAGGGAGAGACAGGAGGAGAGCAGGGGAGAGACAGGAGGAGAGCAGGGGAGAGACAGGAGGAGCAGGGGAGAGACAGGAGGAGGAGCAGGGAGAGACAGGAGGAGCAGGGAGAGACAGGAGGAGGAGCAGGGGAGAGACAGGAGGGAGCAGGGGAGAGACAGGAGGAGAGCAGGGGAGAGACAGGAGGAGCAGGGGAGAGACAGGAGGAGCAGGGAGAGACAGGAGGAUGA